ACGAGUCUUAUAAUCAAUGAGAUCAACUCUCUUGGUUUGCACAGCUACGCGAUGACAGACGGCGCAUGGGUAGGCAGUGGGUACUUGUGAAAGUCGCGCACAGUUUAUUAAUGGAUUCGCGAGAGGUUGCUUAAGAGAGCGAGUUAAGCAGCGUUUGGAUAACAGGGAAAAGGAUACCGAGAAAAACUGCCAUCAUUCCAUCAUCGUCGCUUGUGACCUGACUUCGACCUUCGUCCGAUUGUCGCUCAACGUGAUAUAACCUUACUUGCAGAGAUGUCUCAUAAUCACGCAGAUCACAUCAUGAUGAAUAAUACAACGGAUCACACGUCUCACAGUCUACAUAUGGCUCACAUGGAACAUGCGAGCAUGAAUCACGAAGGCGUAAACCAUGAGAGUAUGGACCAUGCGAAUAUGAACCAUGGGAGUAUGAACCACCCAAUGAGCCAUGAUAUCGGUGCUUCGACGAGUGAUGCGUGCAGCAACAUGGACAUGCACGGUAUGUCGAUGACAUUUCACACCGGUUACUGUGAAUCGGUGCUGUUCGAAAACUGGAAGAUCUCGUCGAUCGGCGGCCUCGUCGGUUCGAUGAUCGGUAUCAUUAUCAUGGCCGCGCUCUAUGAGGGCUUGAAAUAUUAUCGGGAGUAUUUAUUCUGGAAGACAUACAAUGCUCUGCAAUAUAGAAGCGUCACGGUGCCCAGUGAGAAGAAUGUGGUAGCUGAGGACAAUCGAGUCGUUCAUAUGGUUGGCGAAGUAAUCCACAAGCAACCGCCAACUAUGCUGUCUUGGAUGCAUUUGUUCCAAACGCUUCUGCAUAUCGUGCAGAUCGUCCUGUCAUACUUCUUGAUGCUAAUCUUCAUGACGUACAAUGUUUGGCUGUGCUGUGCCGUAGUAAUAGGUGCUGCUAUCGGUUACUUCCUAUUUGGCUGGAAAAAGUCAGUGAUCGUAGAUGUUACGGAACAUUGUCAUUAGCAUUCAGUAAAUUGUUAUAAUUUAUUUUUUCCAAGUUGUACUCAUACAAGAGUGCAACUAAAUUUUGAUGGAAAUCCGUCUAAAUGUAAAAGAAACGUCAAGAUUAACAGCGCAAUAUAGCGUUCUGCGUAUUAAACAAAGAUAUAGAGAAUUAAUCUCUUCUAAGCU